AUGCCUCCGCUCGGACACCCCUUGCGGGCAAGGGCCAUCGGGCUGUACAAGGAGCUCCAUCGACUGGGGAGGGAGUAUCCGGAUCCCAAGUACAACUUCUUGGGCAAGCUGCGCAGCAUGUUCGCCAAGAACGCACACCUGACCGACGACAAGGAGAUCAAGGCCAAGCUCGACCUGGCCGAAUUCGUCAAAAAGGGUAAGCUCGCAGCCUUGAACUUGCUAGCAGCCUUGUUGCUGACCAUUGACUCGCUAGCAGAAACCGAGACAUUGUACUCGCUGAAAAAGUACCGUACAAUGCGUCGUCGUUACGUUCAGGACUAG